AUGUCGACCAGCGAUGGCGAUUUCGAGUCCCGCGGCCCCAUCGUCCUCACCGUGUCGAUUGCCAUGAUUGUGUGCUCGACAGUCUUCGUCGGCUUUCGCUUGACCUCGCGCAUUGGCAUUGUCAAGAAGGUCGGCUGGGAUGACUACUUCAUGGCCUUCGCCUGGGUGCUCGCCUUCGGCCUGUCCUUCUCCAUUUGCUACGGCGUCAAGUACGGCCUGGGCAUGCACGAGGCCAACAUCCCCAAUUCUCAGGACCCGCCGCUCAGGAGACUGGAAUAUGUCUUCACCGUCCUUUACAACCCUUGCCUGAUGGCCACAAAAACGUCAAUCUUGGUCUUUUACCUCACCCUGUCCAAGAGCCAUCGCGCCUUUAGGUGGGGCGUCAUCGCCGACCUUUUGCUCGUCAACGUGGGCGGUGCAGCCCUCACCGUACUCAACAUCGUUCAGUGUCGGCCAAUUAGCGCCGCCUUCGUGAACCCCAUGCCACCGGGUGCCCACUGCACCGAUAUCGUCACCCUUUACCUAUCAUCGGCGCCGCUAAACAUCAUCACCGAUCUCGCUACUCUGUUUCUGCCUAUGCCUAUUCUGACAUCCAUGCGCCUCCCAAAGAAGCAGAAGACCAUCCUCGUCAUUACCUUUGGCUUCGGUGUUUUCGUGGCUGUUGUCGAUGUUGUCCGCAUUGUCUACCUCCAGUCGGCUGCCACGACCCGUCUACGAGACAUUCAGAACCACAUCAAGAAUAACGAUUCGAGAAACUACGAGCAAACCGACUUCUCCUGGUAUGCCUCGCUGUCCUUCCUGUGGAGCAGCAUCGAGGUCAAUGUCGGGAUUUGCUGCGGAUGCGUGCCUGCGUUGAAGCCUCUCGUGUCCCGGUUCAUGCCGCGAUUCAUUCGGGAUGCCGGAGAAACUGUUCAUUCCAUCACCCAUCGCCGGGAGACCUACACAGACAAUGAUAUGAUCAACGCGCAAAGAGUACCAUCUGCUAAUGACGAAUCCCCGACCAGACCGCCUCCUACGGCGUCUACGGGGCCCGAGGAGCCAAUGGGCAUGCUGGAAUUCCUGACUACUCCGGAUAUGAGGGAGCUGCCGGCAUGUGAGAGGACUCCAACCGCCUUGACCAACACGACAAGGCACACGAGUCCACGGACUCCCACUUUCUUUGAUUUCGUUUAUUUGAAGAGGAAGAAGAGCUUGGUCCAGUUGACCAACAGUGAGUCGAUUUUCCCAGUUACAAUGGUCACCAUUCUGUUUUUCCUAUGGGGUUUCGCGUACGGUCUCCUUGAUGUUUUGAACGCACAGUUUCAAAGCAUUGCGGGCAUGAGCCGUGGUCAGACGGUCAGCAUCCACAGCCUUUAUUUCGCUGGAUACUUCGUCGGCCCCCUUACCUAUGGACGCUUAAUCCUCAAGAAAUACGGAUUCAAGGUCUGUUUCAUGUCCGGUUUGUGUAUCUACGCUUGCGGUACACUGGUAUUUUGGCCCUCGGCAGUCUUGACCUCUUACCCGGCCUUUCUCAUCUCGAACUUCAUCGUCGGUCUUGGCCUGUCAACACUGGAAAUCGCGGCAAAUCCAUUCACAAUCCUUUGCGGACCUGCCAAAUACGCGGAAACACGGCUCAACAUCUCCCAGGGCGUCCAGGCCAUUGGCACAGUCCUAUCGCCGCUCCUGGCCAAGAAGGUGCUUUUCAAGAUUGAUGCUGACUCGCUCAUCGACGUGCAAUGGACCUAUCUAGGCAUCGCACUCUUCGUAGUAUUGCUCGCAGUAGCAUUCUAUUGGGUCCCACUUCCCGAGGCGUCUGACAAUGAACUUGAAGACGGUGCGGAACGCGGCGAUGACGCGAACCAUGCGCACCUCUUCAACAUUCGUGUCAUCUGGAUCACCCUGGCAAUGGGUGCCCUCUCGACAUUCUUCUACUGCGGCCUCCAAGAAUCCGUCUCGACAGGUUUUGUCAUGUACAUGGAAAACGUGGCGCCGUAUAUCGACACAACGAACCACCUUGCCUACUCUCACACGGCCUUCGCCGUCUCACGCUUCCUUGCGGCCUUCAUAACCAUCUGGGUCAAGCCCCGUUACGUACUCAUGCUCUGCUAUCUUGGCGUGUUAGCCUUCUGCGGCGUGUGCUUCCGUACGUCUGGGGACACGGCUGCUGUUGGAAUCGUCUUCGUCUACUUCUUUGAAGGACCGAUCUUCUCGCUCGUGUUUGCCCAGACGCUGCGAGGCAUGGGCCGGCAUACCAAGGAGGCGAGUGCCAUCAUCACGGCCAGCAUCGUGGGUGGGGCCAUCUUUCCGCCCAUCAAUUUUGCCGUCGAGGCGGGCGGGGAGGACGGGCAGUACGGAUAUGCUUUCAUCGUCCCGCUCGCCGCGGCCGCUUGCGGUGCCGUCAUGCCGCUGUACUGCAACCUUUUCCCCAAGGUCAUCUCGCAAGUGGAUCCUAUCGAUGAAGCGCGUGCAGCGGAACUAGAUCGUCCGGUGAGCCCGACUUCGGGUGCACCAGGAACGCCGCGGUCGAGGCUACGCACGCCCCGACUGGGGACCCCCAGACUUGGCACGCCGUGGAGCGCGUCCAGAGUGCUGAGGGGUAGCAUUCAGAAGGUGGUGCGCAAGAUGGACGCGAAAGAAGAGACGCCGUCAGUACAGCAGAAAGAAAGGAGGAGCUGGCCAAGCUUGGAGUCGUGA